CUCGUGCUUAACUUCUCUGAAUCCACUGAGGACCCAAUCCAUCUUAUCACCAAGAACAAAAUUUUGACUUUGAGUGUUUCCAGCAAGCCGCUUUGGUUUCUAUGGGGAGCGUGUACACAUUUCAGUCAUAAGAACACCCGUGUACCCGGCAACGCUGUACACAAGUGUAUGAACUACACGUCGUACGUCCGUACAAAAUUGCAUUUCUAAUCAAAAUGGCCACUAUGUGAACGUGUUGUAUACGAUGCAGGCCGCGAAAACUACAAAACAUGGACAAUUUCUGGAAGUUUUACACCGUCCAAAUGCAGCAGUUGGGAGCAAGGCUGUUCGUGCAUGACUACCAUACGUUAUUAGCAAGUCAAUGAGAACGCUAGUGUGUGUGUACAUUGGCAACCGGCCGCCGUCCACAGUGUGCGUUCUAUAGUCGGCAGUGACUUAGGCUGGCCCAAUGUCAGCCCACAGCAAUACGGCUGAGGAGCCGAGUCAGUCGGCGCCUGGCUCUGCUGCAAGUGGGACCAGUCAACAACGCUCUGCCUGGGUCGAGGAUGAAAAACAAGCCCUAUGCGUGGAGGACAGCACUCCAGACGGCCAGAAAAGUAAAAAGAAGAAUAAAUUAAGGCACAAGACCGAGGUAGUACCAGAGACUGGGGAGUUGGAACGGGCUGCCUCGCCUCCGACUGCGGGCGAGAUCAACAGAACCAUGCCUCCAGGGGGCAUGACUAAGAAAGGUCAUCAGCAACAGCCGAGACCCGGGAGUACGGCGUCCGGCAAAAGUCGGCGGUCGGCCUGGGACGCGGCCGAGACGAAGGAUGCGGAGUCGCCGCGGCAACAGCAACCACCGGAGGAGAAGAACUUGUCCAAGAAGCGGCCGGGGAAGAUCGCCGCGGAGAUGGGCAAGAACGGGGACGUGCAAGUGCGUUCAGUGGAACUGCAAGAAGUGAACGGCAGCCGCGGGAUGCGCGAUCGCGAGGAGUCGCGACGCGGCUCCUCCUGCAUGGAAUCAAUUAAGGGAAUUUCCAAGGUGUUUCAGUCCAAAAAGUUCAAGUCCCCCCAGCUGGAAAGGCUGUACCAGCGUUACUUUUUCAGCUUGAACAAGAGUUCUUUAUCGAACCUCCUUGUACUAAUUGGUAUUAUCCUGGUCGUCAUGAUCUGCUUUUACUACAUCCCGGGCUUAACUUUACCCGUAACGGGGGUAUUGCUGGGAUUACUUAUCAUUGUGUUCGUUGUCAUGUUCGCCCUGUGCUACCGGAGUGCUUUUAGCCAGUGCCAGCUCAGCGUUGUGUGCUAUGUCGUGAUCGUUUCGUUAGCAGCUGUGACUGCCAUUGACGUGUUGGACGCGUCGGUGCGCUCCGCCUCGAAAGGGGUGUGGACGACGCUUUUCUUCAUUUACAUGGUGUACACCCUCUUACCGAUCCGAAUGCGAUUAGCCGUCAUAAGCGGGUGCUCGUUUGCAGUCAUCCACACAAUUUGUGCAGUUGCCAAGAAUCAUUCGGAUACGUUUCUAUGGAAGCAGGUGAGUACAUUUUUGUUUGAAAAUAUUAUAUUCUUUUGGUAAUUUUUUUUAAUCAUA